UUCUUGCAAUUCUAAGAAGAGGACCAGACAUGGCAAAUUGGUAAAUAACACCCGCCCGACAGCUUACUCUGCUCAUUGGAUCUCCGAGCCAGAGAGAGAAAGAGAGAGGGAUUUCUGCAGUUUCCGAUUCCGUUCUGAGCUUUGCGUAGCUCCGAUCCGCCGAUCUGGGCUUCGGCACGAGCGUCAGCCGAAUCCGUCGGAGCAGAGUUUCGGCAUUAAUGACCAGAAACGUCUGAAGGAAGUGCCACAGAUCUGGGAAGCUUGCAUUCUCUCUACCCUGCGGAUUGCGUCUGAGAUUUUGGGGUCUGAAGUUUUGAGGAGGCGAAGAUGAAUAUCUUCAGGUUCGCGGGGGACAUGACGCACGUGUUCAGCGUCCUCGUUCUGCUCCUCAAGAUCCACACCAUCAAGUCCUGCGCUGUACACAAGUUGGUGGAUUGUGCUUAUUUGCAUCAUCCUUUUUUAGCUUCAGGAAAAAUUGCCACGGUCUGCCUGUGAUGGUUCACAUUAAUGAGUAAAGAGAUUGAAACUGGUGGUGCUCAAAGGAGCUUUUGGGACAUGAAAUCUUCCAUUGAAACAUCAGCUGCCAAGGGAUUCGGUGUUUCCUUAAAGACACAAGAACUGUAUGUAAUUAUUUUCGCUACGCGCUACUUGGAUCUUUUCACGGAUUAUAUCUCUUUCUAUAACUCCAUCAUGAAGAUUAUAUUCUUGGGGAGCUCCUUUUCCAUUGUGUGGUACAUGAGGCACCACAAGAUUGUCCGUAGGUCCUAUGACAGGGACCAGGAUACAUUCCGUCACUAUUUCCUCGUGUUGCCUUGCCUUCUGUUGGCUCUCCUUAUCAAUGAGAAAUUCAGUUUUAAGGAGGUCAUGUGGACAUUCUCCUUAUAUUUAGAAGCAGUGGCAAUACUUCCUCAGCUUGUAUUGUUGCAGAGAACUAGAAACAUUGACAACCUUACAGGACAAUAUGUAUUUCUGCUGGGUGCUUACCGGGCAUUCUACAUCUUGAACUGGAUUUAUCGCUACUUCACUGAGCCUCACUAUGUUCAUUGGAUACCUUGGAUUUCUGGGCUCAUUCAAACAUUGCUAUACGCAGACUUCUUCUAUUAUUAUUUCCACAGUUGGAAGAACAACAAGAAGCUCGAGUUGCCUGCUUGAGUCCAUGCCUUUCUUUUUCAUAUAACUCCAGCUGGGGGAGGAUGUCUGUGUAAUGGUUAGUUACUUUACGCGAUUUAUGAGAGGAAUGCUGAUUCUUUUCCUAGAGAAUUACAAAAUGGUUGGGCAGUGUUGGUAUCAACUGUUUUUUAGUAUAGAGGUUCAAGAUGAGCUACCUUGAUUUUGUCAUGAGAGAGUGUCCCAUUAUCUAGCCUACCCUGCCAUUAGUAAGGGUAGAGAAAUCAAUGGAAAAAUAUUUCAGAGCUGGGCAAUAGAAUUUUUUUGUUCAA